AUGCAUCCCUCUUGGUCUUUGCUACCGCUCGUGGCCUCUGUCGCCUCAGCCGCCCCUUCUCUACUACGCCGGGCACCUGUUGGAGCACCUGUCGUCAACCUGAAGAAUGGUUCAUACUAUGGUGUACACAACAGCCAAUACAACCAGGACUUCUUCCUUGGUGUCCCUUUCGCACAGCCUCCGAUUGAGCAACUUCGUUUCGCCAACCCCGAGACACUGAAUCUUUCCUGGACUGGUGCUCUUCCGGCGACAAACUAUGCCUUUGAAUGCAUUGGUUACGGCGGUGAUCAGAUUGGCUAUCAACAAAGCGAGGACUGCCUCUACCUUAAUGUCGUCCGACCUUCUGGCUACGAGAACCAGAGCCUACCUAUGGUAGUCUGGAUCCACGGUGGUGGAUUUUAUAUGGGUGGAGCAGUUGAUCGUAGAUACAACCUGACCUUCCUGAUCGAGAACUCUGUCAAGAUUGGUAAACCGAUCAUGGCCGCCAGCAUCGCCUACAGACUUGGACCUUUCGGAUUCCUCAACGGCGACGAAGUUGCUGGUGCUGGUCAGACCAACAUCGGUCUCAAGGACCAGCGUCUAGCUUUGCACUGGCUUCAAGAGAACGGUGCUGCUUUCGGUGCUGAUCCUAAGAAGGUCACGAUCAUGGGUGAAUCUGCCGGAGCUGCUUCCGUUGGUUUCCAGCUGACUGCGUUCAACGGACGUGACGACAAGCUCUUCCGUGGUGCAAUCAUGGAGUCUGGAAACCCAAUCGCCUAUGGUGCUCUGAACACCUCUGCUGAAUACCAGCCCAAGUACGCCGCCCUCACCAAGGCAGCCGGUUGUGGAAAUGCCACUAGCACUCUGGAUUGUCUUCGUGCCCUGCCACUGUUUGUUCUCAACAACAUCCUGAACACCACCGAGUUCAACAGCCGCUGGAACCCUGCUCUCGAUGGCGACUUCAUCGCUCGCUACGGUAGCGAGCAACUCGCAGAGGGAGCUUUCGUCCACGUCCCCAUCAUCGACGGCGCCAACAGCGACGAAGGUGUUUCAUUCAGCCCCAACGGAAUCAACAGCACCGCCGACCUCGAAGUCUACCUCAACACCACCAGCAACACACAAUGGGGCCUGACUCCCGACCUCGUCGAUGACUUACUCCGCGUCUACACUUCCGGCGCCCAAGACUACCUCAUCCCCUCAACCGAAGAACUAGGCCAAAACGUCACUUCCCUCGGCCCAGCCUACGGCCCCUACUACCGCGCCUCAGCCGCCUACUUCGGCGACGAAGUCUUCAUCGCCAACCGCCGCAAGACCUGCGAAACCUGGGCCGCCAACAACGUAUCCGCCUACUCCUACCGCUUCAACGCCAUCCCCACCGGCUCCGACUACGUCGCACAUUUCCAAGAAGUGGCCUUUGUGUUCAACAACCUCCAAGGCUUAGGCUACGCCAUCCCUCCCUUUGCAAACAAAUCUUCCGCCUUCACCGAACUUUCUGACUUCAUGAGCAAGAGUUGGGUCACUUUUGUGCAUGAUUUGGAUCCUAAUGGGUUUGACAAGGGGGUGAAUUCGAGUUUGCCCGCUUGGCCGGUGUAUAGUGUUGAUAAGCCGCAGAAUAUGGUGUUUGAUGCUAAUGUAACCAGUCAUGCCGAGCCUGAUACUUGGAGAGCGGAGGGUAUCAAGUUGAUUAGCGAUAAUAAUGUUCAGUACCAUAGGUAGAAUGGGUGAUUGGUAGUUCUAUAUGAGAG